CAACGGAGUGGGCGUAGAGAAAGAGUUUGGUGCCUUCUUUGCUUUUCUCCGGAAAGUUUUGAAAAUGGUGCAGCAGCUGUCCAAAUCUGGAGCGAAGGAGACUUCUUUGCUGAAAGCUGGCCACCCUCCAGCAGUGAAGGCUGGAGGUAAACGGGUGGCAAAGAAAAGCUUGGAAGAGAGUGCCACCCAUGGGACUCCAGAGAAGGAGACCAAGAGGUCUGAUAAAUUGAGCAGGUCCCUCGCCACCUCCAGCAGGAUGCAACAAGUUGGCAUACUUCUGGCAGGAACUCUUGACAAGCUGAGCCAUGACUUUCCAGAGACACCAGUGAGUGUGAGGCACAGCAAGGUGCGCCCCGCAGUGGAAAAGCCCCACUCACCUCGGACCUUUUUUAUCCAGCAGCCGAGGAAGUAUUGAAGAGCCUGUGUUUUCUUGGGGGGGUUUUUUUUUUUUUUUUUUUUUUUUUUUUUUAGAAUGCCCUAGAGGGAACCAUGUUAAGUCAACUGUGAAAGACAAACAUGAAGUGUUAGACACGUGAAGGGUUCUGACAGGUUGUUUGUGACGUGAGAAAGAAAGAAACCAUUCAUCAAGCUCUGUAUUUACUUUGUUGUAGAAAAAAAAAAUAAUAGAGCUUUUUUUCAGGCUGUGCUUGUUUGUGAUAAUAUUAUAAACCGAUGCUGUAGUUGUAUUUUCCAGCUGAUGGAAUGACAGAUGGCAUUUUGGUAUCAGUAUGUUGUAAGAGAGGGUUUGGGGUAUGUAAGUGAGGCUUUUGAGGCUUUUCUUUGUCUUGUCAGUGAACUCUUCUAUGUAUUGCUUGGCACUUAUUAGAUUUAAUAAAAAAAAAAAA